AUGGACUGCAAGGCGGCCACCGCGCCCGCUGCCUUGACACUGAUGAUGUCAGCCGCUGCCGUUAUAAGGCUGAGAGCGGGUGACCAGGGCAUCAGUUCAGCUCAGGACUUCCUCCCCGGUACAACCAUGAAGAUUGUGGCUUUGGUAAUCUUGGCGGUGGCGGUGGUGGCGGCGGCUCCCCAGGGCGCCUACGACUACCAGGAACCAGUGGCACGUGGACCCCAGUACCCCGACGCCCCCGCCCAGUACAACUUCCAGUGGGACGUCAACGACCAGCCAUCAGGCAACUUCUACGGUCACCAAGAGCAGAGGGACGGAGACAACACCCAGGGCAGUUACUACGUCCGGCUGCCGGACACCCGGCUCAUGAGGGUGGACUACUACGUCGACCAGACCGGCUAUCACCCUACUGUCACCUUUGAGGGCGAGGCCCAGUACCCAAGCGCCCCGGCUAGGGGCUACUCCCAGCCUGCCCCAGCUCCCAGCCAGGGUUACUCUCAGCCUGCCCCAGCUCCCAGCCAACGGUACUCUCAGCCUGCCCCAGCUCCCAGGCAACCAGUGCCAGCUCUCAGCCAGGGGUACUCUCAGCCUGCCCCAGCUCCCAGGCAACCAGUCCCAGCUCCCUCGCAGUUCUACGCCACACCAGGAAAAUAAAUAACCGGGAAUAUAACGACUCACCAUCACCAGUACUUAGACUAACCACAGCCACACAUACAUGAUGCUCUCAGGUGUUCUCUGAGAGACCUUCGUGAUGGGCUCCCGGACAACACACUGAAAUGAACGCCUUAUUUAUUUCUAAACUCUCAUUAUAUACCUUAAUGCCUCUAACGUGAGAGACAGGACUCGUGGCAGGAUUCUUGACAUCUCGAUCUAGAAGUCUUGUGCCAAGUAUAACCUCUUCCCUCCACUUAUGAGUUUUUCAGUGCUCAUCCAUACUACUUUUUAGAUUAUAAUGCCAUGUAUUGUGUAGGUUGGAGUCUAAUGUGUGUUUAGUAAGCGAUCGAUCGAUUGCAGCUCCGUGCCUCAGAGAAAAAAAAUAUGUAGAUGCAGUUAUAUUUUUGUAUACUGACAAA